UCUGUCACUAAAAUAAUCGAGCGGGAUAUUCUUGUUCACAUCUGUCUACAGAAGCAUCAAAGCAGACAGUAAAUGAGCGCGCGCUUGACCAAGGACCCCUCGACAUUCAUUUAUCUAAUCAUCAAAACACGCGACCAACAUGCAGGCAGAUGGACAGAAGGGCGUCGAUGGAGGUCUGCUGCCUGAUGCCAACGGUCGGGACGGGGACCCCAGCGGGCAGAAGGAGAGCGACGGGAAGUGGCAGAAGCCUCGCAUCUCCCGCAAGUCCCUCAUGAAAUGCUGUCUGGUCAAAUGGAUCAUCGCCAGCGCGGCGCCCCAAGGCUCAACAGUUUUGGUUCUUGAUGCCGGGUCGCCACUUGACGUCCAAUUAAAAUUCUGGGCCCUGAAGCAAAACCAGCGGAGAAUCACUGAUAUGGAUCUGUCCCGGUCUCCCGUUCCGCCCCGUCUGUCUCCCCAACAGCUCCUCUUCUGUGCUUUAUUCGGUGUCUAUUUUUGUCUUCCUCUUUUCGCCCCCCGAAUAUGCGGCUGCCCUUUCACCUGCACUCCAUGCUUUUAUCCGUUCCCUUCUUCACUGUCCCCGUCCCGAGCGCAGCCCGACCGCUAUCAGUCAGCCCUUCCUCCUCCUCCUCAUCCUCACGCUCUCUCUCUGACAGACAGCGCUGACAGCGAUCUGGAGCUGGCCAUGGUACGGCAUCAGCCGGAGGGUCUGGAGCAGCUCCAGGCUCAGACCAAGUUCACGAGGAAGGAGCUGCAGUCGCUUUACAGAGGCUUCAAAAACGAGUGUCCCAGUGGAUUGGUGGAUGAAGAGACGUUUAAAUCUAUAUAUUCCCAGUUCUUCCCUCAAGGAGAUGCAACCACAUACGCACACUUCCUUUUCAAUGCUUUUGACAUGGACCGAAAUGGCUCCAUACGUUUUGAGGACUUUGUAAUCGGCCUGUCUGUUCUGCUCCGAGGUUCUGUGACCGAGAAACUGAGGUGGGCCUUUAACCUCUAUGAUAUUAAUAAAGACGGCUACAUCACCAAAGAGGAAAUGCUGGCGAUCAUGAAGUCCAUCUAUGACAUGAUGGGCAGGUACACCUUUCCUUGUGUGAAAGACGAUGCUGCAUGUGAGCACGUGGAGAAAUUCUUCCAGAAAAUGGACCGAAACAGAGACGGCGUUGUAACCAUAGAUGAGUUCAUAGAGACCUGUCAGAAGGACGAGAACAUUAUGAGCUCCAUGCAGCUGUUUGAGAAUGUCAUCUAGAGCUCAGCGUGAAGUGCGGAGUGAUCCUGGCUCUUUCUCAGCAUCGUUCCAUUAGUCCUCGAGCGCUCCACGGGGACCCUCCAGAAACACUCGCGUUUUCUACCUAGGCCUCGCGCAUCAUCCGUAGCAUGUGAAUGAACGUUUUGAUUGAUUGCAUUGAAAGCUUGAACAAAAGGAUUGUGGGUCGUCUAUUUACUCUUCAGCGUUCUAGACAGGUUGUAAACGCUCAUUUGUAUAUAUGUAGAUACAUCUGUGCUCUUCGACUGAUUUCUGCCUAGAUAAAUGCACUUUUGCAUGUUUGCCUGCUAUUUGUCAUUUUGUUUUUUCUUCUUUUUUUUUUUACAAUGAAAUAAAGGCAUCUGUGAACGA